AUGACCCCCCGGCUCAUGGGGCUGCCAAUCCAGCUGGCCACCCGGCCCUUUCAGCAGGCCUCACCACUGGCCUUCCUCCUGCCGCAAUUCCAGCCAACUCGUCAAGCGCACAUCCUGGCCUCGCUCUCCGACAACCCCUCGGCCUACAACAAGCGCAUCCGGCGAGGUCGUGGUCCGGCCUCGGGCAAGGGUAAGACCUCUGGACGAGGACAGAACGGUCAGAAGCAGCAUGGAAAAGUCCCCGCGCACUUCAAUGGAGGACAGACGCCCGAUGAGGUGGUGCAUGGCGAGCGUGGAGGGAAGAAUCCAUUCUCCGUCGAAAUGGCCCCUAUCAACCUCAACCGCAUCCAGGAGUGGAUCGACCAAGGCCGCAUCAGCGCCGCGCACCCGAUCACCGUCCGCGAACUGACCCAAUCGCGCUGCAUCCACCAGCACAAAGAUGGCGUCAAGCUGCUCGGCGGCAACGACAGCGGCAGCGAAACUGAGUCCACACUGAAGCAGCCCAUCCACCUGGUCGUGUCGCGGGCAUCGGCCUCCGCCAUCGCCGCCGUCGAGGCCACCGGCGGCUCCGUGACCACGCGCUACUACACGCGCCGCGCCAUCGAGCUCAUCAUGAAGCGCGAGAUCCACCCGUUCCUCUCCCGCGCCUGGUCUGCCCAGGCCGCGCCCGAGCCGCUUCUGCACGCCGCCGCCGACAAUGCCGUCGACCCGGACCAACAACAACAACUAGCAGACUCUGUCUUGCCGCCCCCUGGUUUCCGUUACCGUCUGCCGGAUCCCACUCGCCGUCGCGAUAUCGAGUAUUAUCGUGAUCCUGCGCACCGCGGAUAUCUGAGCCAUCUGCUGAAGCCUACCGAGGGUCCCAGUUUGUUCUUCCGCUCGCCUGAGGACCGGAAGAUGACGGCUGGUUCGAGGAAGGAGAAGGUCUUGCCUGCGAACCGUCUCUGGUAG